AUGGAAGUUCAUUCGAACGGCGUGGAAUCGGCUCAACUAUACCCGCGAUCUGCUUCGUCCUUAUUGCGAAAAGCGAAUCAUCUCAAAUCACCGUUCUGUCUCCUACAUCAAGAAACAGACGAAGGUGUCAAGGAUGGGCGCGGUAUGCUUUGCGCAGUCAUCGCCUACUACGCGCUGAUAGCAGGGUUGAGCGACUGUGCCAUCCGAUGGCGUCGGUUUGACGCCUGUAUGAUUGCCGCCCUGGAUUAUGUCAACGUUACCCUGAAAUGGAUGAGCGAAAUAAAGCAUGAGCCGACGCCCAGCACGUCGACAGCCAUGAGACCUUCACUCAUCGUGAGACUCCCAAUAGGUCGAGAGGCUCUUGGAAGGAUAACUGGAGUUCCCCAUGGCUUCGAAGUUCCAGACAGCGAGGACGAAGAGGAUAUCAUGCUUCCCAAUGAAGACAUCCAGGAGCAGCCAGAUAAUCCAAACGCCACGCACCAACGCGCAGUCCCCGUUUUAGAAGAGGUACCAGACACCAUCAACAGCGUCUUCGGAGAUGACGUGGCCGGUGUCGCAGAAGAAGUCGACAGCGUCAUCGGUGAUGCCAACGACAGUAUCAUUUUGGCAAACAGUAGAUCCCAAGUACAGGGAAACGAGCAAGCAUGCUAUCCCUCGUUAACGAUCAGGAAGCGCAAGCUAGAGGAGAUAACGGCAGGAAGCGAUGGCGAUUUGGUCGAGGAGAUGGAUGGGCACGGUUGGCGGCAAGCUUCUUGGGGCCGAUCGCGAAGGAGUUAG